AUGGACGCCUCCUCCCUCCGCAUCUCCAAGUUCGAUGGAACUAACUUCCACGCCUGGAAGUUCAAGAUGCAGAUGGUGCUGGAGGAACGGGACCUAUGGGAGGUCGUCAGCGGUGAGAUCAAGGCGGAACAGUGCGAGACUCAGUUGGACCAAGCGACGUACAAGAGGAAGUCAAGAAAGGCGAUGGCAGUGAUCUGUCUAGCCAUGGAAGAUUCCCAGCUACCGUUGGUCCGGUCGGCAAGUGGUGCAUGCGACGCAUGGUCAAGGUUGGAAGACCACUUCGAGAAGAAGAGUCUUGCCAACAAGCUGUUCUUGCGCCGUCGCUUCUUCACGACAAUGAUGGAAGAAGGCGACGAUGUGCUCGAACACAUCAACAAGCUCAAGACGCUGGCGGAACAGCUAGAAGCGGUGGGGGCUCCAGUCUGCGAGGACGAUCUGGUGAUCACACUCCUCGGCAGCCUGAGUGACUCGUAUCAAUUCUUGAUCACAGCUUUGGAGUCGCGCUCAGACACUCUUAGCUGGGAGCUCGUGACGUCUCGACUGCUUCAUGAAGAAAUGAAGCGGAAGGAGCAAGGAAGUAAAGGUGAUGAAGCUUCGCAAGGUCAAGCGUUCAUCACAAGGGACAAUCAGCGCAAAGGGCGACCAGUGAAGAAGUCCUGGCCGUGCCACAAUUGCGGAAAGAUUGGUCACUGGAUGGCGGAGUGCCCCUCGCGCAUCCAAGAAAACACGGAGAGACACCGGCCACAGCGUGCUCAAGACAGCGGCGACCGCUAUCGAUCACAACGUGCAAACGUCGCUCAAGAAGAAGACUCGGGCGACUACCUCUUUUCGAUCGGUGAAACGACAUCUGCGAAAUCGAGCGACAUCUGGCUGGUCGACUCCGGGGCGACGCAGCACAUGACGUGCUCCAAGAAGUUCAUGCGGAACUACAAGGGGUUUGACGCUGUGGAUGUCCAUCUCGCGGAUGAUGGAAUCGUCCAAGCAAUCGGCAGUGGGGACAUUGUCAUGUCGAUGAAGACACCCCAAGGGAUGAAGAAAGGUGUGCUCACAAACGUGUGGCACAUCCCAAAGUUAUCCAGAAACCUGUUCUCGGUCGGCCGCUUCACCAAGGAUGUCGGCCCAGUGACGUUCACGAAGGAUGGGUGCUAUGGAGAAGCGAAAGGGACCAAGUGGAAAAUUGGUGCCCGUGAAGGUAAAGGACUGUUCAAGCUGCAAAUGACUCCAGUGGCGCCGGAACAAGCAAAUGCAGCCAAGUCGUCGGGAUGUCAAGGGGGCACCAAGUCGUACCUCUGGCACCUUCGGCUUGGCCACAUAGGUCACGAUGGACUCAAUUGCAUCGUGACGAAGAACAUUGGAAUUGGCAUCGACAUAUCUUCGGUGAAGAAGUGGGACGUGUGUGAAGGUUGUGCUCUGGGAAAACAGACUCGAGUGCGCUUCCAAUCAAACACUACAGCUCGCACCUCCAAACUCCUCGAAGUGAUUCACAGCGACGUAUGCGGACCGAUGUCGAUGGCAACUUUCAGUGGAAAACGGUACUUCGUGACAUUCAUUGAUGACAAGUCAAGAUACUGUGUCGUCUAUCUGCUCAAGAGCAAAUCUGAAGUUGCGGCGAAGUUCAUGGAAUACGCUGCGAUGGCCGAAACGCAAACCGGAAAGCGCGUGAAGUACCUUCAAAGCGACAAUGGGGGUGAAUACAAGUCCGACAAGCUGGCACGAUUCUGCGCGGAACGGGGAAUACAACAAAGGUUCACACCCCCAUAUACUCCUCAGCUAAACGGAGUAGCUGAGAGAAUGAAUCGCACGCUGGUCGAGUGUGCGCGUUGCAUGAUGGAACACGCUGGACUGGGAAAGAGCUACUGGGGUGAAGCAGUGAUGACGGCGAUGUUUCUUCGAAACCGCUGUCCAACACGUGCCAUUCACCAAGACAAGUCUCCAUAUCAAGUGUGGACGAUGAAGAAACCGAUUCUGGCCAACCUUAAAGUGUUUGGAUGCCACGCGUAUGUUCAAGUGCCUCAAGACAAACGCGCGAAGUUCGACUCCAAGUCAUCACUCUGUCGUUUCCUGGGAUACGCCGAACACCAGAAGUCAUAUCGAUUUGAGGAAGUGUCAACAGGAGCGAUCAAGAUCAGUCGCGAUGCCACAUUCAUGGAAGACAAGUUUGAUGAAGGUCCGCGCAACUACAACGAUGAGUCAAGUGUCGUUGAGUUUGAUGAUCAUGAUGAGGACGAAGAAAAAAGAAGAAGGUAA